GACAGGCAUUUCCUGGUUUCUUUCUAUGCAUUGCAUCACUCUAUGUCCCUCAAGAGAUCAUUACACUGGGGACAAAACAUGCCCAAAUGUGAAGCUGAAAUUUAUGACAAUGUAAACAUUUCCAUUUCAUCCAACAUGGCAUCUGGCAAGAGAGUAUAUAGCAGGGGGUAGUACGAUAGCGUGACAAAGAUCAGGGCGGUAUUUCUGAAGUUCACACAUUUAGAAGUGGAAACCAAAGACAGCCUAUAUAACCGCUGAGCUUGUGUUCAGACAUCAGGCUUUCUUUUUUAUCUCACUCAGUAGACUGGGGGAGGUGUUUCCAACUUGAAUACACCCACAGAGUGGAAGCAGACCUAGAUGACACUGAAAAGCACUGAAAUGUUCAGCUGAGAAUACAAGACCAGAGAGAAGCAAGAUUUGCCUGCGACAAAAUGGGAAAACAUCUUCUCUUUUUUCUCCUUUUUGCUCUGAGUAUAAGCAGUACAUUUCAAAAAAAAGAGAGAAGGGAUGCUGUCCCUGGGCCUAGAACAUUUAAAGGGAGCGUAGUCACUGAGACAGAUGUCCAAAAUGGAACUAAAGCUCCCAAUUCAUCUCAUUCCCCUCCAAAACUGCAGCCACUAAGCAACAGCACCAGAGGAUACCUUGACGGCCCCCUCAGCACCCUGGUCAUCCCCAUUAUUUAUAUGUUGGUGGUUACUGUCGGGAUCCCAGCCAACAUUGGCAUCUUGUGCACACUGGCCUCUAAAAUAAGGAAGGUGUCCUCUGCCAUCCUGUACUGCAGCCUGGCUGUCUCCGACCUCUUCCUUCUCCUCUCCCUCUUCUUCAAGGCUCACUACCAUUUCCGUGGAAACCGCUGGGAUCUCGGAGAGGCUGCCUGUCGAGUAGUCACAGCCUGUUUCUAUGGCAACCUCUACUGCUCGGCCGUGACGCUGGCUUGCAUCAGCAUCAAGCGCUACCUGGCUGUGGUGCACCCGUUCAUGUACAAAACUCUCCCCAAGAGGACGUGCGCUGCCUGGGUCACACUGGCCAUAUGGGUGGUGUUUGGGGUGGCCGCUGUCCCAGAGCUCCUCGUCCAGCAGAGCUAUCAUCUCCUUCAGCUGGACCGCAUCACCUGCCAUGAUGUCCUGCCCCUGGACAAUCACUCUCAUAGCUUCCUGCUCUACUACAACCUGAUCCUGACCAUCCUCUGCCUCCUGGUGCCACUGGUGGUCACUGCUUUGUGCUACACCAGGAUCAUCUGUGAGCUCAACCAGUCAAAUUACGACUGGGUGAUGUACAUCAAGGCCAGCUCACUGGUGUUUGUUAUCUUUCUGGUGUGUUUUGUCCCCGCUGGGAUCCUGCACUUCCUCCAUUAUGUGCAACUGUUUGUGGAUGGAACAGAGAACUUGUACAUGUACUUUAAAGUGGCGGUGUGUUUGUGCUGCGUCCAUGCCUGUCUGGACCCUUUCCUCUUUCUCCUCAUGUCCAAGUCCUCAGGCUCCAGUGGAUACCUCAGGGGCUUUAAAGUCAAGACCUUGAGCAUAUCUGUCUAAGAGAGACCUACUAUACAUAUGUACAUAUAGAAGAUAUGAUUUAUAUUUUGUAGCUGAUGAAGGGGGAAAUGCUCUCUGUGGCUGGAAUCCAAAGAGAAAGCAAAAGGACCUCGACUGUACUUACAAUGUAGCAAACAAACGAUGGACUUGUUUCCUGUUGCAUCUGUUAGAUGUGUUAGUGCUGAUAGAAUUAUAAUCUAGCAAUUUAAUUUUUUGUAUGUGAGUGUGUCUGUUACAGAGCUGGAAGAGGAGAGAAGCAGACACAUUGUAAUAUGUAAUAUGUUAAUAUAUAUGAAAGAUAUAUGAUUUUUUUAAAUAAUACACAUGAUAUGGUAAAGUAUAAAAAGUCUGUUGUUAUAUUUUUUUAUGUAAUAUUUUCAUUCUGUUAGAAUUAGAGGAAAGAUAAGACAACAUAAACUUUGUGUUUUUGAGCAGAAGUCCACUUCAUGAAUCAUGAAUAAUGGGAGACAAACUGAAAACAAGCCUCCCAAGCCUGUUUAUUCCUGACAGCAUAUUUUUAGCCAUGUCGUCUGUUCAUUAAAAUGCACGCUUAACUCUGAACAAACUCUAAGAUAGUUUGUGUCUUUGUAUUAUUUACUUCAAUCACUGAGCACUAUAUAAAGAGUAUGCCAUGUGAGAAAUGCAUGGGUCCUCCCCUUGUCUCAUAACAGUCUCAACUAUUUGUAAAAUGGAUUACAUAAGAUGUUGGAAACAUUCUGUCUUUAUUCUGGUCCAUGUUGACAUGAUUAUCUAAUAGAAAUAUCAAAUGCACAUUCAAGCUGCAAAGCUCCUCUUCUACCACAUCCCAAAAGUGUUCUAUUGGAUUCAGAUUUAGUGACUGUAGAGGCCACUUAAGUCCACUAAACCCAUUGUCAUGUUCAUGAAACCAGUUUAAGAGGCAACUUUUGCUUUGUGACAUGUUUC